GGAUCAGGAGUCAACGCCACCGAAACAGUCUGCGGAUAGAGACACAAAAUUAGCUCUCAAAUCCUGUCCUAAUGAGGAUGGCGCAAUCCUGGUUGAUCUAAGCUGCACACCACCUCGAAAGACUAGAAGUCAGACGGUAAUGAGCCCAGCGCUUGAAGAACUACGAGGGCUGCAGUUCACGAACAGCGGCAAUUUUCAAGACCCCCAAGCAUCCUCAUCCUCCAUUUCUAUCAGAAAGCUUGAUUUUCAAGGACAUUUGGAAGAACAACCUAAGUCGAAUGACAAGCAUAUCUCUACGAGUGUAACCAAACCUACCGACAAAGGACUUGCUAGUGAGUAUCAGCGUGAUAUCGAGAUCUUAUGCAAGUUAAUGGCCUCGACAACUCUCUCGGAAGUGUAUCUCACAAAGUUAAGUGAGUGCAAAGAGGAGCUUGAAACAAGGCUGCAGUGGGCUCAAUCGGGCCAAGUGUUGGAUAAAGGUGUAGAAAAAGGCAAAGUAUUCAAAGAGAAACCCAAACCCGAUGCUACAAACAAACCUUUCAUUCCAGAAACCCCGCCAAAUGCUAGGACAGUAUUGAACAUCACUACCCCGAGUUCUCGGGCUAGACUGAGUGCAAAGGCGCCGCAGUUUGUCCCAAAGUCCUUCAAUGAGUACCGAUCAACGUCCGAAAGCGCAUCGACCGAUUCGACUGCUACUUUUCAAGAAACAAUGUGCAAGGUCCAAUCUCGCCCUGCUUCGGAGAGAACAUCAAUGAUGUCUAUGACAGAUGCUCAAACAGAGUCUAAAGCCCUAGACCCGCUCUCUGAGGAUACAGCGACUAGCUCUCCAGCGACUAGCUCUCCAGCGACCCUUGAACAAGCGUCGGCUGAAGCUCCUUUACAGUCCCUCCCUGAGGCUAGUCCGACCGCAUCUAUAAUGUCCAUCGUUUCGACGCCUACUCAUGUCCCUCGUGCCGAAGAUACACAUAUCAUAGGUGAACAUCUACUGCCGGGAGCGAAAUCUCGAUCCCAUCUAUUUGGCGACCAUUUGUUACCUGGAAGACGAGUAGUCCAACCAAUAGCCACGAAAACUAAUGAGAAACUAAUAGAGCAGUCCGCUUCGAAUGGACCUGACAAGAAAUCUCCGUUUCCUCCUCAGUCACCCAGAGCAGCGAACCCGAAUAUUUCGGUAUUUAAAAGCGCGAACUCUCCCAACCGCUUUACGGUAGCACUGAACGCACCUCAGACUGGGGUAACAAAGCAGGUUCUGAGCACACAAACCCUAAAUGUUCUGACGGCGUCACCCAAUGUGGUGAAAGGCACCCAAAACUCUACAAUUCAGGAAUCGAUACAUGCUCCUAAGCCAAUAGGGACCCAAACCACACCAGCAAAACGGGUUGUUACAGACGGACUCAUGAGCUCCAGAUAUGCGACUCCCCAGAAGAAGUGAAUGGCAUAGUUUCUCCGUCUUCACUGAUUCGUUUCCAUUAGCCCUAUCGGGAAGUAGGACAACAAUCAAGUUGAAAUUUAACUUGUGCUCAAUAUCCUCAACGCGAAUACUGGUUGUCUCUUGACUGAAGCCAGCUUCACUGGAGACGUACG